ACGAGGACAUCGAUCAGGCGGCCACACAGGUGUACGGUUACCUCAACGGCAAGAUCAAGGCCCCGUUCCCUUUGAGCGACAACAACGCCUGCCACAACAUGCAGUGCCCCAUCAAGGCCGGGGACUCCAUCACCUACAAGAACGCUCUCUUUGUGGAGCCCUUGUACCCUACGAUCCCUGUGAUCGUCCAGUGGGAGUUACACACAGGCUCUGACACAGUUACGUGCUUCACCGUACCGGUCAUCAUUGUCUCCUAGAAAUCUCCCACCUCAACCACCCCCUACUCCCGUUUCCGUCCCCACCCCCCGUCAACCGUCAACC